AUGGUCGACCACCUCGGCCACCACGGCCUAUCGUGUAGCAGAAGCGCGGGCCGGAUAGCUCGACACGCCAGCAUUAACGACAUUAUCCGCCGAGCUCUUAUCAUCGCCGGUGUGCCAGCUGUUCUGGAACCAAAGGGUUUGGCACGCGACGAUGGUAAGAGACCCGACGGUAUGUCCAUUAUGCCCUGGAAGCUGGGAAGGUCUUUGGUGUGGGACGCAACCUGCGUUGACACCCUUGCACCUUCUCAUCUUCCAGUAACGGCGGGUUGUGCUGGUUCGGCUGCUGCCUCUGCAGAAAGCCUCAAGCGGCGCAAGUAUAACAACCUUGCUGGUAGUUAUAUCUUUGUUGGGGUUGAGACGCUAGGUAAAAUGGGUGAGAGAUACAAUAUUCACAGUCAACUUGAGCAUCUUCAGAGCAAAUACAUCGGUACGGGACACGCAGAUACCACAAAAUAUGAGUGGUUAACCAAUCAACAUCGUGAUUCGUGCUGCAGUUACAUGGGGCAUCCUGACCUGCUAAGCUACUUCGCUAUUGUUGAAAAUGAGUCAAAAGCUAGAGUAAAGUUCAACCUUAUGGAAAGAAUGCUACAACCCUGCGGUCCUCCACCAGAAAAACCUGAAGAUUAAGCUUAAAUUGUGUUUUUUUAAGUUCAUUGAUCGUUUCUAAGCAGUGUUGUGUGGUGAAACGUACCUGAUCUUAUAUG